AUGGCUGCUAAGUUCGUAGUUCUCGCCGCCUUCGUGGCCGUGGCUCACUGUUCGGUGGUGCCAGUAGCGCGAGUAGACGCUGAUUACACCAGCUUUGCCUAUGACGUAGCGGACCCCAACACUGCCGCUCCGGCUGUUUACGCUGCCAGCGCCCCAUUGGUCGCGGCACGUACUAUUAGUGGUCCAGUAGCCUACACUUCCGCUGUUCCCAGCGUUCGCGCCUUUGGAGGUCCAGUAGCCUACAAUGCACCGACUGUUUUUGCUGGCCAUGGUGUUGUUGCAGCCCGCGCCUACGCGCCGGCCUACUACGCUAACUCUCCUCUAGCCUACUCUGCAUACUCCGCUCCGUUAUCUUACUGGUGA